AUGUGCCAGUGUUUGCCAAAACAUUGUGAGGAAGCAUAAAAAUUCCUGAAAGAUAAAAAAAUAUAUAUAUAACCAUUACUAUAGAAUACUUUUAAUAUUGAUCUUGGUAUAUUUUUUUAUGGUUUUAGGUUCAACUUGAAGUUUCUUGACUUGUAAAGGCAGACAUUAGUGGCACUUGUGGAAUGACGCUUGUAGCAGAUCACAUUGGUUCACAUGGCACCGUUCGUAGAAACGCCUGUCAUGAGCAAGAAGAAACAAUGAAACAGAAAGAAUGAGGGAGUGUGUGUCUCAGUGCGUAUGUGUGUGUUUGUGUGGGUGUGAGUAUGUGUUUGGAUGAGAGUGGAAGCAGCAGAGAUUAAGGGCAGAAACAAAGCUAAACUUGUUUUUCUCGUUCUGACAUUUUCUCAGCCAGAUAGGAAGUCUUCUUGUAAACAGCAAAGCUUAGUGUAGAACCAUUCAGGCACUUGUCCAUCUCAGUGACUGUGUCUUGGAUUUGAAACCCGAACCACAACAGAAGAUGUCAACAAAGCCCCCCCAGGUAGUACCCCGGAAGCAUUCAGGCGUUCGAGUUACUCCCAAAGAACAGCCUGUGGAUGGAUUGGGUAUUCAUUCUGAGGCUGGGCGAGAGAAUGGCCUAAACAGGGAGUCAGAUGACACAACUCACGUGAACGCAGAGAGAGAAGUGGAGAUCCUAAAUCACUGCUUUGAAGAUGUGGAGAAGUUCAUGGCUCGUUUGCAGCAAGCAGCUGAGGCCCAGAGUAUACUCAACCAAAGGGCAAAGAAGAAAUCCCGGAGCACCAAGAAGGGGAGCAAAGACAGUGAUUUUUUGACAAUGAAAGCCUGCCCCCCAACAGAGGAAGAAUUCAUCUCAAUUUUUCAGAAAAUCAAAUACUCCCUAUGUCUUCUUCACCGCCUCCAAGCCUCCAUCGCUCAACCGCCAGCUUCAGAGCUGCUGCACCACAUAUUUUUGCCUCUUAAAUUGAUUGUGAACACGACUGGAGGGACAGCAUUGGCUGAGUCCGUGGCCAGUCCAGGCAUGACCAAAGGCGCUGUUGCAAUGCUCCAAAACAAUCUGACUGGAGAAAGCAAAGAGUUGUGGACUUCUUUAGGAACCAACUGGACUUCCCCCUGUUCGGACCCGAGUGCUUCCACAUAUGUACCAGUCUUUUUGGAUGGGUGGCUGCCUCCGAAAUGUGACUCCCAUGGUCAGCUAUUAGAAGAUCCCAUCCAGCUGCAGUUCAAACAUGAAGCUGCUAUGGAACGUGAGCAGAGACAAAGUCUACAGAAAGCUAACGCAGAAAACCACAGGGGAGGCACUGAUAAAGUAGAUGGAAAUGGACUGGCACCUGAGGGCACAAAAUAUUACCGCUGCAGUUACGACUUUGUGGCCAGAAACAGCAGUGAACUCUCCGUACUACAAGGAGAAAUACUGACGGUAAUUAAUUCAACAAAGCGCUGGUGGAAGUGUCAGAAUCGCUUUGAUCAGAUAGGAUUUGUUCCCUACAACAUUCUGGAACCUGCACCUGAUCAGAACUUCAUAGAGAACCCCAAAACCAGGACCUUCUCUCAAAGUCAAGCAAACCCAGGCAGCAGCAGUCCUACAACUUCUAACGUAACAGGUCAAGGUCAGAUGAUUCUAAUGCCUCCUGUAGCUGCACCGGGAGAGGAAGGUGGACGAGUCUUGAUAAUGAAUGAUGAACUUCUGAAGAAGUUGGCUGAGAAGAGAAGCUCUAUUGAUGAGUCAGAGGUUCUGUCCACUCCGUCUCCUCAGCUGAACUAUCACUCACCAAAGACUGAGGUGAAGGCCUGGCUCACGGCAAAGGGCUUCAGCCAGGAAACGGUUGACAGCUUGGGAAUUUUGAACGCAGCUCAGCUGUUCUCCCUAACUGAGGGGGAGCUCUGCACAGUGUUACCAGAAGAAGGAUCCGGCGUUUACAGCAAUAUUUUGAUAGAGAAGGCCCUUCUCGAGAACAUACGCAAAGCUUCAGAGCAGCAAGCGUAGACGGGGAGCAGCGACGUGAGAUGCAGAUGUUGAUACAAGGAAUGACAUUUUGGUGUAAAUAUGACAAACUCAGAAUAAUACUUUGCUGUUAUUUCUCAUCUUUGCAACUAACAUAUUAACAAUAGACUCAGUAUUUUAUCAAAUAUAAUUCUUUGAAUUUGGUCAACUAUAAGCAAUCUUUACUAAUAACCUGCUUGUACUUUUGAAUGUAACUUUCCAUAUUAAUAUUACAAACUAGAAUGACAACUUCACAUGAUGUUCUGAAACUUGUAACGUGUACAGAUGAAUUAAACAAAAGAUUUUUCUUCCA